GGGUUACGUAGCGAGUCUCCGCCCAUGAACUUCCUCUUUCCCAGUGGCCGUCAGCGAGAGACACCAUGAAGGCGUCUGGAACACUUAGGGAGUACAAGGUGAUUGGGCGCCUGCUGCCCUCUCCCAAGAACCCCACCCCUCCUCUGUACCGCAUGAGGAUCUUCGCGCCCAACCAUGUGGUGGCCAAGUCCCGCUUCUGGUACUUCGUCUCCCAGCUGAGGAAGAUGAAGAAGGCCUCUGGAGAGAUCGUCUACUGCGGACUGGUGUAUGAUAAGUCUCCCCUGAAGGUGAAGAACUUUGGCAUCUGGCUGCGCUACGACUCCCGCAGUGGCACCCACAACAUGUACCGGGAGUACAGGGACCUGACCACCUCUGCUGCGGUCACUCAGUGCUACCGGGACAUGGGAGCCCGCCAUCGCGCCCGCGCCCACUCCAUCCAGAUCAUGAAGGUGCAGGAGAUCGCCGCCAACAAAUGCCGCAGACCCGCGAUCAAACAGUUCCACGACUCCAAGAUCAAGUUCCCCCUGCCCCACAGGGUGCUGCGCCGCCAACACAAGCCCCGUUUCACCACCAAGAGACCAAACACCUUCUUCUAAAGGAAGCCUCCUUAGUUUUCACAAUGCCCUUGCUAAUAAAGAUAAAGUAUUAAAUAAA